AUGUCUUCUGGAGCAGGCACUACGCUCGCUCACAAAAGCGUGGCCACGAUUAGAACUGGCACAUCACAAGCACCACCAAGCUCAACACCUCACACCCCGCCAAGAACAGUCACAUCGUCUUUUGGCUCGCCAUCUACCAUUCGAGCCGACGAUGAUUUUGUGCUUAUAGAGAUUGGCUCGCGUUAUAUUAGAGCCGGAUUUGCAGGCGAUUCCUUGCCCAAGGCGUGUCUGUCUUGCGGACCAGAACAGCAAAGACGAGUUGGUGAUUUUCGAGUCUGGCAGGAACCAACCUCAACCUCAUCACGAAAAUGGGCUGCAGACCAUGAGAUAUGGCGGUACGACUUGCGUCAAAUUGACCUGGGCUUAUUCCAAGACAAACUAGACCGAAUAUUACGCGAUGCAUUCACGAGGUUUCUUCUCAUCGACUCCCGACCGAGACGGGUCGGUCUUGUUUUGGACUCGGCUCUGCCUCUUCCUCUUCUAUCUGCUGUAUUGAGUACUUUAUUUACCAAUUUUCAAACCCCUAUGGUCUCUCUCAUGUCGACACCCACAAUGGUGGCCGUAGGAGCUGGCGUGCGCUCGGCGCUAGUUGUGGAUAUGGGUUGGAACGAAACAAUCGUAACCAGUGUCUACGAAUACAGAGAAGUCAAGAGCUCGAGGACUAUCAGAGGCGGCAGAAGUCUUAAUGAUACGCUCUACAAACUCCUCCACGGCCUGAUUCCCACUGCUGAAGACGACGACGAGUCAGAGGACAGAGCAGUGACGUUUGAAGAGUGUGAAGACAUCAUGUGUCGGCUAAUGUGGUGUCGACCAUCGGCGUUCAAAUCAUCUCAGAGGCAGUCUACGCAGUUGGACACGGUGGAGGAGCAGGACGAAAACGAAGGAGAGCCAAAUCAACCGAGCGGCAUAGCUGAGGUUCCGCUUCGGUCUACAAAUCCUCCAUCAACAAUUCACAUCCCGUUCAACAAGCUUGCCGAUGUCUGCGACGAUGCCCUUUUCGACCCUUCGGCGGCACGAUCAACUUUUGAUGAUCACGAACUACCUCUUCAUCUUCUUGUGUAUGACCAACUCCUGCAGUUGCCACUUGACGUUCGAGCAAUCUGCAUGUCUCGCAUCAUCUUCACAGGAGGCUGCUCGAACAUCCUGGGCAUAAAGGAGAGAAUUGUGGACGAGAUUACAAGUAUUGUUGAGCGGAGAGGAUGGGAGCCUGUGUUUGGAAAAAGUGUCGAAAACCUGCGGAAUGGGCAAAGAGCCCAACGAAAAGCCAGCUUGCAGAGGUCAAGCAUUUCAUCUGUGGGUACAUCAGACUCGAGUGGUUACGAUUCUGAUGGGCUACGAUCGGAAUCGGGAACAACAGAUUCGCUAGAGGACCAAGUUGAGGCCAAAAUCGCGCGCAACCGACCCAUGAGACACCAAUUUCAAGGGCAAUUACGAGCUGUUCACUCACUAGGAGCUUGGGCGGGAGCCAGCUUGCUGUGUCAGUUGAAGAUUCCAGCCAUGGCGACUGUGGAUAGAGAGCUGUGGUUACAGCAGGGGGCUAAUGGAGCAUCUCGACCUAGUGAGGUUGAUGUCAAGCAUCAGCAGAGACAGAGUAUGGGAGCAGGUGGUCUGAUCAGAGGAAGUGGCGGCCAUCACUCAAACUGGACCCUCGGCAUCUGGGGCAGCCUAUAA